AUGGAUGCAAGGAAGAAACCUUACGCUGUAGCCGUCAUCAUACAGCUCAUCUACACUGGCAUGUUCGUCGUCUCCAAGGCAGCCUUCAACCAAGGCAUGAACACCUACGUCUUCAUCUUCUACCGUCAGGCAGCUGGCUCUAUCCUCCUGCUGCCUCUCGCCCUUCUUCACCAAAGGAAAAACGCCCAAUCAGCACUGUCAUUCGCGUUGCUGUUGAAGCUCUUCUUCUGUGCAUUAAUCGGCUUAAAUCUGUACCAUGUGAGCCUCAAGUUCACCUCCGCAACUGUGGCGGCUGCAACGGACAACUCCUUGCCUGCGGUUACCUUCUUCCUCGCGCUGGUGCUAAGGAUGGAAGUUGUGCAUCUGAAGAGUCCCUCAGGCAUUGCGAAGCUCACCGGCGUAGCGUUCUGUAUCGCCGGAGUACUUACCAUCGCCAUUUACGCCGGGCCGUUGCUGAACCCUUUGAGCCACAGCCAUCGCCAGCUCGCUCCUGGGGCUCCAUCGAGGGCCCAGGGAGCGGCCUGGAUCAAAUGGACGUUUCUGAUGGUCGUGGCAAACGCGGCGUGGUCCCUGUGGAUCGUCCGCCUGCAGGCGGCGUUGCUGAGGGAGUACCCCAACAAGUUGCUCGUCACGGCGGUGCAGUGUGUGUUCAGCGCGCUCCAGUCGUUGGUGGUGGCGGUGGCGGUGGCGGCGGAGAGGGACCUCUCCAGCUGGAAACUACGGCUCGACGUCGGCUUGCUCGCAGUUGCUUACUCCGGCUUGAUGGUGAUGGGGGUAGCCUACUACCUCCAAGCUUGGUGCGUGGAGAUGAAAGGGCCCGUCUUCCUCGCCGCGUGGACACCGAUGUGCUUCGUCUUCACCACCUUGUGCUCUUCCUUCUUCCUCGGAGAGACUGUUCGCCUCGGCAGGUAGGGAACUCAACUA